ACCUCUGCAUAAAAGUUCUCGGGAAAUUGGACUUAGAAGGAUGAGAGCGGUAGUAAUUGAUUAGCCUCGCCCUUCAUCCUCGUCCGAGCCGAACGGUUAUGGGUUACAAGCUGAAAUGGCCGUUCUCCAGGAAGGACAAGGAGAAGAAGAGAGGUCCCAAGACAGUCAGCAUCUUCCUGGGGUUCUUCUUCAUGGUGAACUACUGUCUCGGUACGGGAUUUCUCGGCGUCCCUUUCUCUUUCUUCUACGCCGGAUACCUGGCCUCCAUCCCUACUCUACUACUGGUGGCCUUCGUCAGUUGGAACAACGCCGAGUGGACAAUAGAAACCAUGUCGCGGGCACAGGCAAUAGACACGUGGCGAAGGGAGAAGAAGAGGGUGUCUGGUGUCCUACAGUCGGAGUCCGAGAGCGAGAGAGAGAUCCUAAUUCAGGACACCUCUGAGCCGUCCCAGGGAAAUCCCGGGGAACCCCAGUCGAGCCCGAGAUACGAGAUCCGCUGCACGAGGAAGUUUGAACCAAUCGAAGUCUGCGAAAUUUUCCUCAACCAAUGGGGGAAGUACACCUACAUGAUCAUCUGGACACUCAACUGUUUCCUGACUGGGUGGUCCUUCACAACCGUCGCUGCAUCUGCGUGGUCGACCAACAUACCUUUCUCCAGCUCCACAAUCCAGCAGUGCACGGGAGAAGAUUUCCUUAGAGUUCUAAUCCCACAAAAUCAGCCUUGCUGGCAUGCCUACAUGAUCUGUGUCCUUCUAUUUGCCGCCAUCGUCGUACCACUCUCUCUCCUGGACCUGAGCGAACAGGCAGUGCUCCAUAUGACCAUGGGUCUCCUAAGAUUCGUUACCAUUGCCAUCAUCGUACUUUACUCUGUGGUGAAGCUCAGUGUUGCAACCAAUGAGUGCAGCUUCAGUGUCACGCACAAUUCGAGUCUAUUUCUCAGCGAGAACUCUACCGAUGCGGACUUCUUUACAUCGGACAAUGCUUCAUUGUUCUCGACAAUUGAAUAUGGCUUCUCAGACCUGUCUCGCAUCGUCUUCCGUUUCGACGUCAAGGGCUGGCUAGUCUCCAUCCCUAUAUUUACAUUUGCUCUUAUGCUCCACCAGGGAAUCCCGGCACUCACACAUCCUAUCAAGGAGAAGCAUUUUCUGCGGCAGUUCAUGGUGGCCAUGUUUGGUAUUGCCACCAUCAGCUACUUGUCUCUGGGGGUAGUGGUUCCUCUGUGGUUCAAGGCCAACAUCCAGGAAACAUGUACCCUCAACUGGGUUCCACUGCUGACUAGUCCAAACGCUGGUAUCCAGGCUCUGUCCUACUACAUCAUCCUCUUCCCCUCCAUUGACGUCAUAUCUGCCUACCCUCUACUCAUCCACGCCAUCUCCAACAACAUUUUCAUGAUUAUCUGCGGACGCGACACUUCUCGCAAGUCCAAACACCCGACCAGAGAUAACGUCCUCUACUACAUCAUCAAGUUCCUCUCCGCCACCCUGCCUGUGGUGGCCGCUCUCUUCAUCUCUAAUCUCGUCUACGUCCUCAAAUAUGCCGGGAUUACGGGGUUCUUCAUCUGCUUUCUCUUUCCCACUUGGCUGCAACUGCGCUCCAUUUGGGUGUGCAGUAAAGAGUUUGGAGACUCGAAAAUGGUCACGGUUGAAAUGAAGAAUAUUGGGAAAGUUCCUCUGUUGAACGGAGAGGUGAAUGGAGAGGGAGAUGAUGGAGGUGGGAAGGGGGAAGAGAAAGAAGGAGAGGGGGUGCUGGAGAAUAAGAAGGGCGUGAGAGCUAAAGGAAGUCGGUUUUCUGCUCUUGUCUGUUUCAAGAACCGCCUCUCACAGAUGUGUGCCACUUACGAGACUCCGUAUUCUAACAAGUACCUGAGUCACCCAGUGACAGUGGCCGUAUUAGGCGGAGUGGGUGUGGUUUUGUUCCUGCUGGGCCUCGCCAGCUUAGGCGUGGUUUUUACAACAUCCGCGUUUACGUACCUACGUACCUGGGGAAGUAGCACCGUUUCUUUUUGUUUCUGGCCACUAGUCAUCAUGGGAAUACGAUGGCCGUUCUGCGGGACGAAGCAGAAAGGACCCAAGACAAUCAGCAUCUUUCUGGGCUUCUUCUUCAUGGUGAACUACUGUCUCGGUACGGGAUUUCUCGGCGUCCCUUUCUCUUUCUUCUACGCCGGAUACCUGGCCUCCAUCCCUACUCUACUACUGGUGGCCUUCGUCAGUUGGAACAACGCCGAGUGGACAAUAGAAACCAUGUCGCGGGCACAGGCCCUCGAACAUUGGCAGAAAGAGCGUGAUGAAAAGGUCCAGUCCUCGGACAGCGAGAGCGAACGUGAGAAACUGAUCGCUAGCGGCAUCUCUUCCGCGGGCAACUACCUCUCUCACCCGCGCUACGAGAUCAGACUCACUCGCAAGUUCGAGCCUACGGAGCUGUGCGAAAUCUUCCUUUCGCGAUGGGGGAAGGCGCUAUACAUCACAAUCCUCACCGUUUACUCUUUUCUGGUGUGUUGGUCCUUCACCACCGUGGCCGGCUCUGCUUGGGCCACAAACAUCCCCUUCUCUUCGUCCUCGCUGCAACGCUGUGGCUCAGAAGACUUUCUCCACGUGUUGAUACCAGCCGACCAAGCCUGCCGCAACUCGUACAUGCUCUGUGUGUUUUUAUUUGCCGUAAUCACAGUCCCCCUCUCCCUGGUUGACCUGAAGGAACAGGCUUUCCUCCAGAUGAUUCUGGGCCUGCUCAGAUUUGCCACCAUUGCCGGGAUCGUCCUGUACUCCAUCGUCAGUAUCGGAGAAGGCGGAGAUGGGUGUCCGAUAAGUGAUUGGACCAACGACACUCGAAACGAAUCUUACUGGAAUUUGUCUAACGUUAGCAUGUGGACGCUGUCAAGGAGCAGUGGAUAUGCCGAUUUCUCGGAUAUCGUGUUCCGUUUCGACCCCAAGGGCUGGCUGGUCUCUACCCCAGUGUUUGCGUAUGCCUUCAUCUUGCACCAGGGGAUCCCAGCACUCACUCACCCAAUCAGAGAGAAGCAUCUGCUCCGGAAACUGAUGGUGGCCAUGUUUAGUAUUGCCACCAUCAGCUACUUGUCUCUGGGGGUAGUGGUUCCUCUGUGGUUCAAGGCCAACAUCCAGGAAACAUGCACUCUCAACUGGGUUGACACGGCCAAGUCAGGGAGUCCAGGGAUCAGGGCCCUCUCCUAUUACCUCGUCCUCUUCCCCUCCAUUGACGUGGCCUCCGCCUACCCCCUCGUAGUCUACACCAUCUCCAAUAACAUCUACACCACUCUAUUCUGUCGGGACACCUCGCGAAAAUCGAAAACUCCGAAACUAGACUUUGCGCUUCAGCUGGUUAUAAAGUUUGUGGCGGCCUCUGUCCCCAUCGCAGCCGCUCUCCUGGUGUCCAAUUUGGUCUACGUUCUAAAGUACGCUGGGCUGACUGGUUUUUUCAUCUCCUUCUUCUUCCCCACGGCACUCCAACUCAGCUCUAUCUGGAGGUGCAGCAAAGAGUUUCCUCCCAAGUCCCACAGUGGCACGAGGACACGAGACCACCCGACCGGGUCUGCCAGGAAACACAUCUACGAUCUCCAGAACGGGUCUCUGGUAGCUGACAAGGAGUGCUCGUCGGGGACGUCAGUUCAGUCGCGGAUCUCUCUCAUGUUUUCCGGCUACAGGACUCCGUUUUCGAACCGACUCCUGAGCCACCCCGUGUCGGUGGUGUUAAUUGGAGGGGUCGGAGUCCUAUUGUUUCUGCUGACAGUCACUAGUUUAGCUGUCCAUCCCAGACAGCUGCACUGCUCUGACGAACUAUGAAUUGUUUUCCUUGUCGUGUGUGUGUGUGUGUGUGAUAACUAUUUGGCAGCAUUCCCACAUGUGCAUAAUCAUGAUGCUACCGACAGUACUAGACGCAAGCAAGUCAUUUGAACAACACUCUAUAUAUAUAAUAUUAUGUAAGUUAAAUGCCAAGUCAAAGCAACUAUGUGUAUUAUACUAGAGAGCUGCGGGGGCCUGAGCUGUCAGCAUUCGUUUAAAUUACCAAGCUCUAGGUUGUAAAUCAAACUUGUGAUGUGUUU